CCCUCCUCCUGGGUCCUUGUCAAAGGGAAGAGAGAGAAGGAGCCCGCCGCUGCCGUUUGUUGCCAGUGAAACGUGGGGUGAAGGGAGCUCGAGUAAGGACGCCUGCCCUCAGACCGCAAAGGCUUCAUUGUUAAUCAUCUGAAAUUUACGUCGCUCGACACUUUGAGUGCAUUUCAGUCACCGCUGAAUUGAGAAGGAGGGCACUGUUUGUUCCCUCGAGAAACCAGAACCUGGGGGAAGCGUGCCUCGACGUUUGAAAGUGUGGAAACUAUAUAGAGCAGUCAGGGCGUCGCCAAGGCAUCUCUGAGCAUCCGGAGCAGCUGAGCAACUCGCUGCGUUCUUUUGGAUCAAGACGCUCGCAACCCACGGGCCUCAGGAGGGGAUGAAACCGGAUGGGGUGACCAUGGAAACAACUGAGCCCAUGGAAGCCUUGGUGGGCGCAGAACUGACCACCUCCCAGGUUGCGGCAGUGCCGGCCGAAGAGAAGGGGUCCGCGGUGUCUCCGGAUGAAGAGGUCCAGGAAACUGCAGCGUCGCCCCCCGCUGGCCAGGAGGGCAACGACACGCCUGCCAUUGCUGAGGCCGAAGUCGAGCCGAACGACUCGCUUGAAUCGAAGCCCACCACCACCGUCCCCUCUGCUGUCGGAGGAGGAGCAAAGACCAAGACCCAGACCAAGGCCCCUUCUACACCAUACAGGCGCCCAGGAACCGUUCCGAGCCGAGGGGUGAACGGGUCCCAAGCAGCAUCUAAGACAACAGGGCCGCUGCCUAAGAAGCCUGCAGCCUUAGCAGCGUCCUCUGUCCGAACCCACACUGGAGUAGCAGACAAGAAGCCCGCGGGCAAUACAAGAGUCGCCUCUGCCCCUGCCAAGGUGCCCAACGGUGGCGAGGGGUCACUGUCCAACAGUAUCCCCAAGAGGGCCCCAGCGGGGCCUGUUAACGGAGCCAGGCCCAGGACCACAGGUCCUGCCAGUCGACCAGCCACCUCCACCGUCCCCAAACCCAGCAGCUCUACUGGGGCCAAGCCUGAUAGGACAGCCAUUACCAAGGCAACCAGAUCGGUUAGUACCACCGCUCCUACCAAGACCACCGCUCCUACCAAGACCACCGCUCCAACCAAGACCAUCGCUCCAACCAAGACCAUCGCUCCAACCAAGACCACUGCUCCAACCAGGACCAUCGCUCCAACCAGGACCAUCGCUCCAACCAAGACCACUGCUCCAACCAAGACCACCACCACCACCAGACCUUCUAAACCGGCCCCCUCCAGACCUGUGGCGCCCUCUACGGUCAGAGCCACAGCAACACAGCCUCCCAAGACAUCCUCGGUUCUUCCGAAAGAUGUGGGCAGCAGGCCAGCCUCUGCUACCGGGCCAACGGCCAAGAAGCCUACGCCCUGGACGUCUUCCAACCCAAAGAAAGCGGAACCGUCCAAGGCCGGAGCCAGGCCCGACCCGCCCUCUAAGGGUCCGGCUACCCCCAAAGCCGUGGAUCCCAAACCGCAGCGCCCCAAAACCCAGGAAGCCGCUCUCAAACCAACGCCUACAAAGAGGUUGGUAGUCGGCUCUCGGCUGCCUGCCAACCCCAGAACACCCCUGGCGGCCAAGCUGCCGCCCGGUGCCGCGUCGCAGGCUAAACGUGGCCCCAAACCCACCCGAGCAGUCCAGCCCAUUGGCGUUGCCAAGAAGACCCAAGAGAAGCCCAACGCCGGUCCAGCGGCCCUUCUGCCAGAUGCCCCCGUCGCCCUCGCCACCGGUGCGGCGGCGAUGGCCGUAGAAGCCGUCGUUGGGGAACCCAAGGACGGGGGUGAGGCACACAUCUCGACCGCUACCCCCCUCGAGGACCUCCCCGCACCGCCUUCUACCGGAGACCCGCCGGCACCGAUGACUUCUGCUCCCUCUCUACCGAGCAGCCCGGUCUGUGCCGCUCCCCCCCUGAAGUCUCCCCCCGCAGGCCCAGAAAGUACCGAGCCCUCAGAGCCUGAACCCCCGGCGGCCGUCCUCCCAGCGGAGGUCUCCGUUCCGGAGGAUCCGGCCGUGGGGCAGGAGGUCACGGCGGGGCCCGCGUCGGCCUCCAACGCCCAGCUGCACGCACAGACCCCCCGCCAGGCCGCCGCCGCCUCCAACCUCAACGAGGAGGCGCAGGACGAGGAGGACGAGGAGGAACGGGAGUUCAGCCUGCCCGUGUCCGUGUCCGAGAUGAGCGGGACCACCCAGGCCACGGAGGAGUCUCGCCCCGGGUCGGCCGGUCCCCUCGGCGGCGCAGGGGCCGCCUGGAGGGCCGGCGGGGCCCUGCUCUCGGAGCUGGACUCGGAGGACGUCAGCGGGAGCCAGCAGGGGGCGUCUGAGCUCAGCGCGCCGGGAGUCCUGGAGGGCACAGAGAGCACGGACGACCUGGGCGACGGCAGCCUCAAGGGGGCGUCGGUGGGCUCACCAGACCUGGAGAAGGUCCCGGACAUACCGGCCCACGAUCUGGACGGGGAGGACUACGAGGAGGAGGACCGCGUCUACGACAUGGACGUGGGCUCGGAGCGGGCGGAGGCGCCCUUGAGACCCCGGCACGACAACGAAUUGAACGGCGGUGCUGGCGAUUGUGGUGGUGAGGAGGAGGAGGACGACGACGUGGAGAUGGCCAGCGAGGCGGUGACCGAGAGCGGCUUGGAAAGCUACGGCAACGCCGAUGAAGACGACCUGGCUGAGGACGAGAGACUGGACAACCUGAACCGCGCGCUUCCCCCGCCUCCUCAGCUGCCGGACGCUCAGUGGGCCCAACCGCUCGGCCUUGCCAACCCGUGGGCGCAGCCCCUUCAGAUCCAGCAGCCCCUGGACCAGGCGGCCCAGCCAUCGGCCCUAAACAGCCCCACCGCAGACCACUGGCAAGCGGACGCCGAGACCCCGACCCAGUCUCCAGCCCAUGCAUGGCUGGAACUGGGCUCCGCACCCUUCAGCCCUGAGAUCCGCGAGGUUUCCCCACCGUCCUCGGGCCAGGACGAUCCACCGAGAGCAGAAGACCAGCCCGAGACCGAUCCGUCCGGGUCCGUGCCGAUGCAGACCCUGCCCUCCGCCACCAGUGCCGGGCCCGCCAUGUCACUGGGUAGCGACAUCAGCACCCCCGAGGAGCUCAAGGACUAUAACCACGCAGAGAAGCCCCAGACGGACCAGGGCACGGCCAGGGGGGAGCCCCAGAGCCUCCCAGACGGGCGACCGGGAAAGGGGAAUGCGGAAACGGCCGCCUUUACGGAGCUCCCAACGGUCAGCCCUGCUUCCCCCCAGGCCUCGUCCUGCUCCUCCACCGAGGAGGAGGCCAGCGACACGGAGGGGGAGGCCCUGCUGGACCUGGGGAUGGUCAACAGCUCCUUCGACAGGCAGCUGCUGGCCCAGCGGCUGGCCCAGCGCUGCCUCUCGGCUGUGGAGGAGGGGGAGGAGCUGCCCUACGGCGUCGGGGCCCUCUCCCCGCCGGUCGAGUCUGCGUUCAGCGCCACUUACAGCGACUCUGCGACACCCGGGGACGGUGCCCACAGCCCCGGGAUCUUCUCCCUGGAAGAGCGGCCCGAGCAGGCCAAGGAGGAAGGCCCCUGCCCGGGGGCCCCGGCGCCACGGCCCCUGACCCAGCCCCUCUCCCCGGAGCACAACUACCUGCAGUGCGGGCAGCAGGAAGCAGACGAAGACGCAGUGUACGGAUUGGAAGGCGUCCGCACUUCCGGUACGGAAGCGCGGACGCGAGGUGACGACGACGAUGAAGAACCCCAGCCGCCCUACUACUCGGCUAUCUGUGAAAAGACUGAGAACUGUUUUUCAGGGCUCAGCACGCUGCCCCAGCCCCACCGCAGGCGGCGAGGCCAGCCCCCCCAACCGUCCACAGCGACCCGCUGUGACGUCAUCAUGCCCCGCGGUGACCUGGGGAUCCCCACGCCCCGGCUGACCUGCGCCGACCUCCCGCCCAGGAACGCAGGCGGCCUGCAGGCCCGCAGCCCCCAGUUGAACAGGCUGGCCCAGCACCAGAAGCAGCUCCUAGAGCUCCAGCAACGCAGGGAUCUCCAAAGCCAGCCUGCCGAGGAGGCGGCGGUGGAGAGAACGGAGGAGCUUCAUGAUAAGGAGGAGGUAAAGAUACGGGAAGAGGAGGAGGAGGAGGCGAGGAGGAAAGCUGAGAAGACGGAGGAGAGGAGGAAAGAGGAGGUGGAGAGGCAGAGGAGGGAUCAGCUGCAGCUGCAGCUCCAGCAGCAGCAGGUGGAGCUGCAGCAGAGGCAGCAGAUCAUGCAGUGGCAGCAGGAGCUGGAAGGCCAACAGGCCCAGGCGGCGGCGGCCUCCGUGCUCCUGUCCCCCUCCUCUGGCCUCUGCACCAUCUACGAGGCCCUGGAGACCAGCGAGGAGGAGAUCGAGGAGCUGAGGACCGACGAGGAGCAGACGGAGGGACGGCAGCUCACGGGCAACGACGUUCACCUGGAGCGCGUGGCGUCGGAAGACUCUGACUCUUCGCUCUCGUCCCAGAACCCUCCCUCGCCUCCCCCUCCUCCCCCGCAGCCCGAUUCCCCCCGUACACCCAGCAGGCACCAGCACCACCACAGCCAGCCCCUCGACUGGGGCCAGAAGGUGGACAUGGUGCAGCAGCUGAUCAACCAGAGCCUCCUGCUCACGGCCGAGGGCUGCUGCUGCGCCUCCUCUUCCUCCCCGCUCUUCCUGCUGCCGGGCGGCGCCGGGGGCACCCUCAGCCCCCUGGAGAGCAGCCUCUGGCCCCGCCUACUGCCCCCGCUCACCCCGCCCUCCUCCGCCACCGUCACCUCCGUCAGCAGCUUCUCCCCCGAGACAGCCGGCAGCGCCCCCCAGGGGGACUGGACGGUGGUGGAGCUGGAGACGCAUCACUGAGGGGGAGGGCGGAGCCGCUGCCAACACUUUAAAUACCCUUUUGCUUUAGCACGUUAGGAGUAGGUAUUGAGGUAUUAAGUAUUGCAACACAUCCAGGGCUGUUCCCUCACGCUCUACCUACAUCUUGUCAAGCAAAUACAGACACGCAUGCGUAACCACACAUCCACUCACACACGCACAUCCACGCACACACCUAUAGACACACAGAGGCCACACACUGACUGCACUGGGGCUGAUGCAUGCAUACAACAAGGUGUAUUUUAGAUGUGCAAUUUAUAAACUACAGCGUAGUUAUUAUUAGGGGAAGUGCGUCGACGAAGAUAAACUAGUACGUAGUGAUGCUCAGGAUAACUCACACAGACACACACACACAGAGAGAGACAAUGGGUGCGUUUCCAUCCCCCUGAUUUUAUGCGAACUUUGAAGUAUCGAAUCAGUAAACGGUGAUGGAAACACCAAAAUUCGCAUAAAAAUCCUCUAAUUUGCAAAAAGGUUUUUCCGCUCGCUUGAGGUGGUUUUUUAGAAAUGCGAAAGAGAGUAAAUUCGCAAAAUGGGAGAUGGAAACACACUUUUCGAAACAGCUGUGACGUAGCGAACUUUGAACACACAGGACUGACAGUCUUUCCGAUUUCCGCAUAACGACCGGCCAUAGCAACCCUGCCGACAUCAACGUGUAACGUCAUCACCCUAUUCCGCUCCAACCACUUGAUGGAAACGCACCUAAUUCAAAUUACUUUUUUGCGAACUUUCUAAAGAUUCGCAUCACCUUUUUAGAUGGAAACGCAGCUAAUGACACCACCAAGCGAUGAGUGCAUCACAAGGACUGCAUCGGCUCUGUCUCUGUAAUCCAACACUGGAGCCGUUGCUGUGCCGUUGCUAAGGACUACUCGGAUACAUGACCCCAUGGAUGGAGUACACAUAUACUCCUCACACACUGACGCACACUGUUCGUACACCGUUUCACACUGAUGAUCUCAUGUUCUUACUACUGACUGACCUGGAUGGAACUGAGACGCACGCACACUCACCAAAUGGCUAUUAUGCUGGGGAUACAUGAGUUAAUUCUCCUGGGUAUACUGUAUUAUUCCUCUGGCUUCAUAGCAGCGUAUGUAGCGAGAACUGGAGCCAUGAGACUCGCUCAUUUAUUACAUCAGACAUGUUGUUGUUGGCCACGAGUUUGGAUUUCAGACUCACACUGGAGGUGCUUUCCUACUGAUGAAUGGUGUACUCUACUGAAGCUCAAAGAGCUCUUCCUUUCCUGGUAACUGAUGCUUUAAAUGCACUUUUGAAAUUCCGUUCAGUUAUUCAGCUCCUAGGUCUGAACUAGUGACCGUCUUGAGAUGUCUAUAUAGUCAGCCGCCGGUAUGUGGAAAUGUGUUAAGGAUGAGAAUGGAUGAAGAGUUUCGAAUUAUUUUCAUACUAAUUGUUGGAUGAUCAUAAGUAAACCUGUAAAACUGUACUUAUGAAGGACAUAUUUGGACAUAUUUUGGGGUGUGCUGGUGUUUGAUACAAGACUCCACCCUGUUUCUCUUCAGCGAUACAGGGGUUUGAGUUACAUGGUUAGAAAGGCAUCUGGUACUCAUUUAUCUCCCUCGGCAGCUCUUUAACCCGUAAGCACAAGGCUCCGUAGCAGAUCUCCCGUUCGUACCAUAUGUUGGCCACCUGUGAAGAGGUUGGAAGACGCAAUAUACUCUUGGGCGAGCCUGCCGAUUUUUAUUUUUGAUGAAGUGUAUAUUGGACCAUUGAGUGGGUGGCUGAAACCGGUUACUGCUGUGAGUGUGGUCAUGUUGAUCAUGUCUGGAGGGUGGGAGGGUUACUGCUGUGAGUGGUCAUGUUGAUUAUCAUAUCCGGGGGGGGGGGGGAUAUUCCAGGUAAAUUGAGUAGAUUCUUGUAUGGUAAGACUGUGAAUUAUGGUACAAUAGUUUCCGCUGUCCGUCCGAUGAUGUCGUACUGGUCUUCUACUGUGCUGCCUAUUGUGACUGGUUGGGAAAUGCUGUUCUACAUGUUAAGGACAGUUUCAACGGCGCCAAUAGGUUUAUCUUAACAGAAUUAAAAACUCAGAUUUCUAUGUUUUAAUCUAAUGCAUCGGCUAUUCCCCGGCCCAUAAGCAAACUUUGACUCUGAAGGCAGCCUAUCAGUUUUCCCUAAAAUGUUGAACCAAGCUCAUUGAGUUCCCUUUACCCAACGCCUACUGUUCUAUCCACACUGUGUCUUAUCAGAAACCAAGGGUCAGGCCUGAGCAUCCAGCUGGAGGUGACCCAGCUCAGCGUCAUCUAGAUACAUUCCGGUUGUCCAUGGUUGCAUGUACUCACCCGCCUUGUGUCUUCAAGGUUUUUGACAAAAAGGGACUUUUUCAAUUUGCAUACAAAAAAGUUUGGUUUGUUACUUGUGUAGCACAAUAUCAAGCCGGUAGAACUGUAAUGUGCCUACUCACUGUAUUGAAGGGGACUGCUUGUGAUAUAUUGUGUACCAUAAGCGUUUCAUUUUAUACCAUAGAGGUAUGUUGGGCCUCCCAAGAGUCAGUUAUAGACGUUUAAAAUGUAGUAUUAAGGGGUAUAGGUCAUAAGAUUAGACUAGUAUAUGGAUAUGGGUAGGGGAAAAUAUUAGUCGAGUUGUACUGUCCAACAACGUUACAGACAUAGCGAGGGAACUCUGACAUGUAAAUAGAAAAAAUGAAUUCUGGCUUUUAUUUUUGGGACUUGACAUUGAAAUCCCUGGUUUUACUUGUUUAGUGAAUGACGCCUCCUUGGGCGAUAGUCUGGCAGCUUUUUCAGGAUAUUUAAUAUUUUCUUUUGCUCUUUGAAGGACAAGAAUCUGUGAUUUAUUUUUUGUUGUGAUUUUAUGUAAUUAUAUGAAUGAAUUAUGUUCAUAAUAAAAUUAUUCUUUUUCUA